CCAGUCGUCUGCUUCUGAUUGAUUCCACAACAUUCUGGGUCCAAUUAUUUUUCGACAGAACGAUAAUCCCCGUUACAGAUAGUCUUCCGCUUUCACAAUGUUCCAAGACAUGUGGAAUGCUCCCCCUGGUUUCAGACCCUCCAAGUCUGCUCCUUCUUCGCCAGCGAAGCCUCUUGGGGUUCUAAGAACUCGCUCGGAAUCCUUCCAUGUGACCCACAAGGUCCCUGUUGGUGACACUCCUUACGUCAGAGCCAAAAAUGUCCAGUUGGUGGAUAAGGACCCAGAGAGAGCCAUUCCUCUAUUUUGGGCAGCUAUAAAUGCAGGAGACAGAGUGGACAGUGCUUUGAAAGAUAUGGCUAUAGUGAUGAAGCAGCAGAAUCGGGCUGAAGAGGCCAUUGAAGCUAUCAAAUCGCUUCGAAGCAAAUGCUCAGAUCAAGCCCAAGAAUCUCUUGAUAAUAUCCUCUUAGAUCUUUACAAGAGGUGUGGGAGACUGGAUGAUCAAAUAAUUCUCUUGAAGCACAAACUGUACUUAAUCCAACAAGGGUUGGCUUUCAAUGGCAAGAGAACGAAGACGGCUAGAUCCCAAGGAAAGAAGUUCCAAGUCUCUGUGGAGCAAGAAGCCACUAGACUGCUGGGAAACUUGGCGUGGGCACUGAUGCAGCAGAACAACUACAUCGAAGCAGAAGAUGCGUACCGCAGGGCGCUUUCAAUCGCACCGGAUAACAACAAGAUGUGCAAUUUGGGCAUCUGCUUGAUGAAGCAAGGGAGAAUUUCUGAGGCUAAAGAGACCUUGGGUCGGGUAAAGCCGGCAGUUGCAGACGGUCCAAGAGGCUCAGAUUCUCAUUUGAAAGCCUAUGAGAGGGCACAGCAAAUGCUGAAGGAUCUGGAGUCCGAAACGAUGAACAAGGGAGGGGUUGACAGGGUCGAACAGAGCAGGCUCUUCGAAGCUUUUCUGGGUUCUUCAUCAAUCUGGCAGCCUCAGCCUUGUAAAGAUCAUACCAAUUCGGCUACCAAUACAAAUACCAAUGCUAAUUCCGUCAAAGCCCAAGAUGAUUUCGCUGAUGAGAAUAUGAAUUCGAAUAUAGUACCUAAUUUCAUGCCGCCACAGCAGAAGGGUGUUAUUAGUAGUAAACAACACGUUGGCCCACCAUUAGGGAACUCCCUUAAUGUCGCGGCACCGCCAUUCUACGCUUCAAAAUCCUUUAGUAAAGAGCCGAUGUUAUUAAGAGAACCAACUGGGAACCACCACCACCAUCAUCAUAAUCAUCAAUUUGCGGAGACUCUAAAGAGAACAAGGUCUGGAAAUGCUGCCGGAUCAAUGAGAGUGAACGAGGCAGGGGAGAUUAAUAAUACGAUGCAGAGGGAAUCAGGAGUGCCCGAGAACAAGACAAGAAGGCUUUCAGCGGAAAGUGAAGGGGACAAGCUGACAGAGUUGUUGCCGAACAACAAGGACUUUGAAGAUGCUAUUCUUGCUGCCAUUCUGGGCCCGACGGAGGAGUCAGAUAACACCUCCGGUAUAUUCCAGAGGAAAAUUGACAAGAGGCUUAAGGUGUUUCAAGAUCUUACUCUAUCUUUGAGUCCGAGGGCCUAAGCGAAUUUGAUUUUUAAAUCAAUAAAAAUGGUCUCAAUAAAACUGUUGUAAUUUUAGGAUGGGAGAUGAACUUGUUCUCCAUAUUUAACUCUGUCCCUUUAGAGGACUACGCAGCAUGAUAAUCAGGUCUGCCAAUAGCUGCUGUUACAUGGUAGAUUAUAAUUAGUAAUUCACUUGUCUUAUUCCCAUUCAUUUAUUUAUUUGCCAAGCCUUGUAAACGAGGUACAUCAUUGACUUAUAAAUGAAAUGCCUAAGAGCUGAAUUCCACAUUGCA